AACUAACAAAUCUCCCUCCUAAGAAAAUGGCUGUGUGGAUGCAGAUCAACUGUCCAGAGGCAUUUAGACUUUUGGAAGACAUUACAAGACGCUAUGCACAUCGUAAUGUUAAAGAGCUGGAUCUAAUGACUACAACGUGGGGAUUGGACAACACACCGCUACUGUCUAUGAUACAGACUUUACUGAGGAGUGAACACUCAAUUCUGGAGAAAGAAACAAUCCCUGAGGUUGACACUGAUGUCGUGGACAAACUGAGAUCCCCUAGGAAGUUGACAACCAGAUGGCUGAUUCGCUGGCUAGCAGGUUUGGCCAGUAGUGCUGCAGCGAGAAGGGAAAUGUCCAAAGACGCAAGCUUGCGAGUAGUCCAUCAGCUGAGGCUAGGCUACAUCCGGUUGGCAACACUGAUGGCCCAGGAGGGUCGUCUACCAACCCCUCAGCUCGUGUGGUAUUGUACUCACUACGAACUUGGCACACUGCUUGGUCCGUCUAAUCCUGCACUGCUGCAUAAAAUCAGCCGCAGACAACGCAGUUGGCAGCAAUGGGAUCAGUUGCAGUUCCCAGAGGUAAUGGUUGGUACACCUGAACCAAUACAGCUGGGAUCCCAUCCCACCAUUACCUCCAGGGAAUGGGUUCAAGGUACUCUGGUGUGCACAGGCAGUGUGCAGGGCCGUGUCUGUGUGCUUCUCUCAUGUACAGAUACACAGUCACUCCAGGCUGGAGAUAUCCUCAUUACACACAGCACUGAUGUAGGAUGGACUCCUCUGUUCCCUCUGCUAUCAGGCGUUGUCACAGAACUGGGCGGUCUUAUAUCUCAUGGAGCAGUCGUAGCAAGAGAAUACGGACUUCCUUGCAUUGUUGGUGCCACAAAUGCUACACUUGUGUUCAAAACAGGAGACAAAGUAUUCAUGGAUGGAAAGAGUGGAAGAAUUCACAAGGUGUUUGAGACUUCAUGAAAGGUAAAUCCUGC